AAAUCUCUUUAAAACUUGAAGAAUCUAAGGAUGAGAAAAUAACCGAGGCAAUCAAGAUAGUUGAUGAACAAAUUUUAACUUCUAACUUGGUUGAAUCGUUUGCCGAAUUAUUAAUCACGGAUUUAAUCAGUUUAACGAAGGAAGAUUUGGAAAUGUGGGAGGAUGAUCCUGAAGGAUGGAUCAACUAUGACGAAACCGAUCAUUGGGAGUACCAGCUGAGGCCUUGUGCCGAGAAAGUUUUCAUAGAAUUGUUAACUCAAUAUCGCAAUUCCUUAUCAGUGAAAAUUGCCAAGUUAUUAGAAAAUUUUGCAUCUCGUAAGCGUCUAUUGUGUUUGGAUAUUGUGUUGAAAUUUAUAGUUAGUGAUGAAAAAUCUAUUCACGACGGUCUUAAUAGGCCUUCGUGGUCAAUGAUUAAGACGCCAAAAUCUGGCACUUUCUGA